AUGCAGUGCGUCAGGCCUGCCGUGGCCGCCUGCGGCCUCCCUCGUGGCCCGCUCGCUGGCAGGCCCUCGAGGACCGCUGCGCCUCCUGCGCGGCGCAUCUCCGUGAAGCAACAUGCGGCGUCCCCGCCCGUCGAUGCGGCGCAAGACAAGCUCUCCAACGGCGGCGGGCCGACGCAGACGCCCGCGGCCCCCGCCGCGCCCCCCGCCGCGCACCCGGUCGCGGACUGCGUCAUCGGCCCCGCGGUGUACGCCCUGUGCGUCUCGCUGGGCGAGGCCAAGUCCACGCUGCCGCUCUCGAAGAUGAUCCCCCUCGGCAUCGCCGCGGGCAUCUACGUCGGCUUCGGCGCCAUGCUGGCCAUGUCGGUCGGCGGCAACAUGCCCGGCGCGGUGGCGUCCAACCCCGGGCUGCAGAAGUUCCUGUUUGGCGCCUACGGCUUCCCGACGGCGAUCCUGAUGGUGUGCGUGAUGGGCGCGGAGCUCUUCACGGGGAACGCCGCGUUCUGCACGAUGGCGCUGCGCGAGGGCCGCGCGAAGCUCGGCGGCGUGGUCAAGAACCUGUCGGUGGUGUGGCUGGCGAACUUCGUGGGCGCCGCGGCGCUGGCGGCGACGUUCUGGGCCGCGGGGCAGCCGGCCGGCGCGACGCCGGGGAACCUCGCGGUCGCGAAGUGCUCGCUGCCGCUGACGCAGGCCUUCGUCCGCGCGGUGCUGUGCAACUUCUUGGUCUGCAUCGCCGUCAUCCAAGGCAACGCCGCCAGGUCGCUGGCGUCGAAGUUCGUCGGGAUCCUGCUGCCGCUGUCGUGCUUCGCCUCGCUCGGGCUGGAGCACUCGGUCGCCAACAUGUUCAUCAUCACGCUCGGGAUGCUGGGCGGCGCGGACGUGACUUUUGCGCAGAUGAUGACGACCAACAUCAUCCCGGUGACCAUCGGGAACUUCGUGGGCGCCGCCGUCGUGCUCGGGGGCAUCUACGGGGCCGCGUACGGCAAGAAGGCCGCGCCUGCGAGCUGA